UAGUUAUUGACACAUUCUAAUACAUCGGAUGGUUUCCACCAUAUUAGUGUAAACGUCGUGUAGCUAAGAAACUUUUUUCCAAAAGAAAAUCUCCCGGACAAACCAACCCUAAUUUAGAACGCUGCUUAGAGCGGCGGAGAGAAAUGCUCUUGUCGUCUAUAUAUCUGCGGCGAAUCAAUCGCCUUCGGAUCGUUUUUCCACCCUCCGUUCGGCUUCUAUCCGUAAAACCAGUUUCGGACCAGAACCUCCAAUGUCAGGUGGAUGAGUCAAGUUACGAUCAGAAAACAGUAUGCGAAGCCAUCGCAUGCUACAGCAACGACUGGCAAAAGGCGCUGGAGUUUUUCAACUGGGUCGAGAAGGAAUCCGGAUUCAAACACACCACCGAGACUUUCAACCGUAUGAUCGAUGUCCUCGGUAAGUACUUCGAGUUCGAUGCUUCCUGGGCUCUGGUCAACCGGAUGAAGGACAACCCGGGUUCGAUUCCCAAUCACGUCACUUUCCGUAUCAUCUUUAAGCGAUACGUCACGGCGCAUCUCGUUCAAGAGGCUCUCGAUACUUACGAUAGAUUAGAUGAUUUCAAUUUGAGAGACGAGACGUCUUUUUAUAAUCUGGUUGAUGCGCUUUGCGAGCAUAAGCAUGUGGUUGAAGCAGAGGAGCUCUGUUUCGGGAAGAGUAAUGGUUUUAGAGUGAGUAAUAAUACUAAGAUUCAUAACUUGAUUCUUCGUGGGUGGUCUAAGUUGGGAUGGUGGGGUAAGUGUAAGGAGUAUUGGGAGAAGAUGGAUCACGAAGGUGUUUCCAAGGAUCUGUUUUCGUAUUCUAUUUACAUGGAUAUAAUGUGCAAGAGUGGUAAGCCGUGGAAAGCUGUCAACUUGUAUAAGGAAAUGAAGAGGAAGAGGAUAAAGCUAGAUGUUGUUGCGUAUAACACUGUGAUUCGCGCCAUUGGAGCAUCGCAAGGUGUUGACUUUGGUGUUAGAGUGUUUCGGGAGAUGAAGGAAAGAGGUUGUGAACCUAACGUUGCGACUCAUAACACGGUCAUUAAGCUUUUGUGUGAAGAAGGGAGGGUGAAGGAUGCGUAUGGGAUGCUUAACGAGAUGCGUAAGAGAGGUUGUCAGCCAGAUUCGAUUACUUAUAUGUGUUUCUUCGCCCGUAUGGAGAAACCAAGUGAGAUCCUGAGUCUGUUUGGUAGGAUGAUAAGGAGUGGGGUUAGGCCCAGGAUGGAUACUUAUGUGAUGCUUAUGAGGAAGUUUGAGAGAUGGGGGUUUCUUCAGCCGGUUUUGCAUGUGUGGAAGACGAUGAAGGAGUCUGGGGAUACUCCUGAUUCAGCUGCUUAUAACGCUAUGAUCGAUGCUUUGAUUCAGAAAGGGAUGUUGGAGAUGGCUAAGGAGUAUGAAGAUGAAAUGGUUGAAAGAGGGCUGUCUCCAAGGAGAAGGCCUGAGUUGGUAGAAAUGUCACUAGAAGAGAAGCUAGUUUGUAGAUAAUACAAAAAGUCCAUUGAGGAGACUGUUUGGUUCAGAACAGACAAACAAGUCAAUGAAGCGACACAAGGAGCCUGUCUUUGGUAUCAAGAAGCUUCCUUUGGUUGCAGGAAUCUCCCAAAGCUUGAAAGAGGGAUGGAUCAAGUGUGUUGAAACCGUGACAGCCCGAGUAUUGAGCAAGUAAAACCUCUUGGUCGAGAUUUAGUAUAAUCAUGCAAUAGUCAUUUCUAAAUUUGUUUCAAAAUAGUUGCCUUUGUUGUAUUUGAACUAAAUAAUGAUGAGAUGAUAUUUUGGUAAGGAUAUGGAAACAAUAUGAUUUUUUUAUCUUCGAUGUAAACAUAAAAUCAUGAA